AUGGUAUUACAACCACCGCAGAUACUUCUUGUUAUGCAUGCAGAAAUUUGCUACCUGGAUGCAGAUCGUGUUCUACUUUCUAAGUAGAAGAAACUAGUCAACAAAACUAAUAGCAAGGACAGAAUACUAAAAGUUAUACCUCUUUCGUAUAAAGAUAAUGAGAACUUUUAUACAACUGCUAUCAAUAUUUGCAUACCUGAUUGUCAAUUGUUCAAUCCUAAUACUGUUAACAAUCCCGUUGAUAUGACAUGUGAGCUAAUUGGUUACCACUGCAACACUACGAUUUCAAAAACUUCUUUUAUUAAUGGAAACAGCUUCUCUUUUUGCACACCUUGCUAAGAUCCAUAAUAUGAUUCCUCUGUAGAUAAUAUUACAGCUGCUUAUUCAUAGUGUGGUCAAGAGGACUCUUCGAAUGAUUGUGAUACUGAUUUCUGUGAAAAAUGCGAGUCUGGAUAAUAAAAUAAAUGUAUUUUAUAGUAUGUAAUAUUUUAAAUAGGUUCUAUAUGUUAGCAAGGUUAUAGUUUGAAUAGUGAUAAAUAAUGUGUCUUAAGAUGUGGAGAGGGAAUGUUUUCAAAAUUUUCUCUAAAUACAUCUAAUUCAGAGCAACCUAUUGGAGCUGUAUGUACUGAUUGUCAUACUGAUUGUUACAGUUGCUCAGAUAUUUCUGCUAAUAGCUGUACUAGUUGUAAAAAUGGAAAAUAUUUAAAUAUCACUGAUACUAUCCUCUAAACUGGAACAUGCUUAGAAAAAAAUGUAAAUACAGCAGAGAGAUACAAGGAUUUCAUUAAUCCAUAGUUCCACUUGAAAAUUUAGUAAGUGUCAUCAAUUUAUGGUGCUAAUGUUUUAGUUCGACUUUAUCAACCAAAUCAAUAAUAUACAACAAAGUUGGUCCAUUUAAGCAAGUCUUCCUCAACAGCAAUUGAAGCUUGCUUAAAUUAAAUUUAACCAUGUUGCAUGUACUAAAAUGGAGUUUCCUGUGGCACCAUUUAAGAUGAGACUUGCCCAGUUAGAACAUUUAAUGGAAUGUUCAAUAUGAUAAGUCAUGAAGCAUCGUCAACAGCCAUAUAGACUAAUUGUGAAUUCAAGAAUAUGUUCUAUGAGCUAGGUUCUUUGGUAAAAACUCCUUUACAAAAGCCCUUUAAUAUCACUAUUUUGAGUUCUUCAUUCUAGUAAUUUAGUAUCUGUGGAGCCAUAUAUUCAAAUGAAUAUCACAAUAAUCUUACAGUUAGAAAUUCAGUUUAACUAGAUUAUCCAUUUAUUGAGGAGUACAUCGAUAUCCAUGACUUAAUUACACAGUCAAUAUAGUAAAGAUAUUUCAAUCAAACUUUUGAUGAAACAUUAUACACUUAAACUGAAAGCAAUAUUAUUUUAGACAGCAACAAAUUUACUGAUAUGCAUACUUUGAAAAGGACAUCAACUUCUAUAGAACCAGUCCCUCUGGAAACCAGAAAUAGAGGCUUAAUUCUCCAUUUAAACGAUUUUAAUGGAAAUGUAAUUAUUCAAAACAACAGCUUUUCAAGCAUUAAGCAGCUCUUUGAAACUUGCAUAGUCAAUAGCUCUCUUGGUAGUACCUACAAAAAGAGUGAAUAAUCAAGCACAUAUUUUGAAAACGUUGUUCUUGAUUCCCUCAACUAUUUGCAGCUUCAAAAUUUGAUAACUAUCAUUUCUCAUGAAUCUGGUUUGAUUUAAAUUCACAACAAUACCUUUGAAAAGAUAGGAUUAUCAAGUUCACUAAUUAAAAUUGAAAGUGAAAUUUCAGAAACUGAAUUCCAAGUUAUUCUCACAAACAAUACAUUCAAGAAUAUAGUUGGAUAUACAAUUACAUCAGUUUUUCAUUUGACUAAGUAAUCUUCAUUUAAGUCAACUAGCUCAGAUAGUGAAAUAAUGACUUGCAGUGGUGGAACUUUAAUUGAAAACAACACUUUUGAGGGUAUUACAGGAUGUCAUAUGGUUCACACUACUGCUCUUUUCAUUGGCUGCAAAGAAAAAAAUACCUAUUCAUCUUUUUACUCUUCCUUAGAAACAAAUAGUUAAGAGUCAUUAUUUGAACUUUAUGGAACAGAAAGUAGCACACUUUUAGAAGUUUAUCAAAAUAAAAAUUUAAGUCUUCUUGCUACUUCAUCUGAAACUAAGAAAGUCAAUAUUUACAAUUAUUUAUCUGGAUUAAUCGAUACAUCAACCAGUAUGUAUAUCUAUAAAACUAUUUUGAAGAAUAAUACUUUCCUCAAUUGUACUUUGGGAGUUACCUAUAAAGAUAGCUAUUCAUCAAGAUUUUACAUGGGAAGUUUAAUAUCACUGAUGGGUAUUCUUGUUGCUGAAAUUGAUGCCUAAAAUUUUACCAAUAUCGGAGCAAUGACUUAGGAGCAGCUAAAUUUAAUACUUUCUCAAAUAGGUAUUACAUUCACUUCGGAUACAGAGAAAGAAAAAUUGCCAACAUCAAGUCAAGAGUUUUACAAAGGUAUAGUUGGAUGUUGCUUGAUUAAUAUCAAUUAGAUGCUAUUGUUAACCUUAAAAGGUUCAUACUUCGAGAAUAUUUGGAAUAUAGAUAGAUUUAAUGCAUUCUCUACUUCGAGUAUGCAGGGCUUAAUCCUUUAUCUAAAGAAUUAUUACGGAACCUUACAGAUUGGUGAUCCUACUGGUUAAACUUACAACACUUUCAAAAAUAUAACAGGCCUUUUCAAUCCAGUAACAGUACAAAACUUUGGAUUUAAUACAAACAACUCAUAUUACUAUUACUAAUAAAAAUUUUUCCUAGGAUAUUGCUCAAGUUUAUUUUAUCUGAGUUCAAACCAGAUACCACUUUUGAAGAUAAGAAAUUUUCACUACUAGUACAAUUUUGCUUAUUAUGAUUUAGGUGUUAGUUCACCCUUAGCCUAAAUUAUUAGUCAUUCAUAACUUGAUGGAAGUAAAUAUAAUCAAUACUACCAGCUUGAAAAUAUAUACAUAGCUGAUAAUUUUGGAGAUAGCAGCUCUAAUUACUUUUCAUUGUCAGGGACAAUAAUUUCUCUAUCGAAUGUAACACUUUAAAACAAUGGAAAAGUGUUUGAUUAUCUUAAUCUUAAGCGGAAUUAUAUUGCUACAUAUGGGUAAACAUCUGCUAUUUUCAAGUUAAUUUUGGAAGCAGUAUCUACAGCUAGAGUUACAAUUGAAGAUAGUACUUUUACUUCAAAUAAUGCAACAUCAUCUCCAUUGAAAUGA